UUGUUUACACGUAAUUGGAAAGUCAAACAGCGUCUUCUCUCUGCCUCCCCAGUUUCACUUUUCUCGUACUCCCCUGUUCAGACUUCAGAGCAGAUAGUAACAUCAUGGCAACCCAACCUACUGAGACCCCCAAAACAAUUUAUGACAUCACUGUCAAGGAUGCUAAGGGGAAUGAUGUGGAUCUUAGUGUGUACAAGGGGAAAGUUCUACUGAUUGUCAAUGUUGCUUCCAAAUGUGGACUGACCAACUCGAAUUACACGGAGCUGAAUCAACUAUAUCAACAGUAUAAAGACCAAGGCUUGGAGAUACUGGCGUUUCCUUGCAAUCAGUUUGGUGAAGAGGAACCAGGAAGUAAUAAAGAGAUUGAAGACUUUGUCUGCACUCGUUUCAAAUCAGAAUUUCCAAUAUUUGACAAGAUUGAUGUAAAUGGUGAUAAUGCUGCUCCAUUGUACAAGUUCUUGAAGUCAGGCAAACGGGGAGUCUUUGGAGAUGACAUUCAAUGGAACUUUUCGAAGUUUCUAGUUGACAAGGAUGGGAUAGUUGCUCACCGCUAUUACCCUACAACUGCCGCCCUUAGCCUUGAGUGUGACAUAAAGAAGCUGUUGGGAGUCUCAUGAGUGCAAAGAUCUGUAGGCUUCAUCAGGAUUUAUGCUUGCUAUUUGUGUACCAGUUAGUGGAAAGUAGGGUUGCUUCUGAGUUUUAGUGUGAUUCCGAGACAUGUUAUGGUUGUAUCUGUGUAUGUCAUAUCAAACUGAGCAAAACCACUUGUAAUGUAUGGUUUGAUUUAGUCGAAAUUCAGACUCUGAAAUUG